AAAUUGUUUAGUAUAAAUUUCUGGAAUAUGUUGACAAAUCAAAUUGCAGCAACGUUUUGUUGAAUAGUUUUUGCAAGCCGAGACGCAAAAUGCGUAAAGCUGGCAGUGGUUCGGGCAGUGGCAGUCCAAUGUGGUGCAGGGCAGCAACAGAUUACGCAAUUAAAAUGGGCAAAGUGCAUCCAGUGCGUGCGCUCUAUGUGCAAGCAGACAAAGCUAGCAAAUAUGCCACACGCAGCCAGGACAACGUCGCUGCCAGCAGCAUAAGCAGCACACCCAGGCGUCGUCGACUUGCCGGUGAGUCAAAAAGUGGCAAUCAAUCGUCCAGGCUGAGCAUGCCCACGUACCUGUGCACGCAGCGUCCCUACUAUGGCUUGGAAACAACUAAAUCUAAACGCAAAAAUGCUAGCAAAUCUUUCGCAGCUUCAAAAAUUGUUUGCAUGGCAUCGGAGGAGGACAAUGCGGUCAUCAAGGAGAGCCAGAUUGCAGCGAAUUUGGAUAAGCGUGUCGAGCAGAAAGUGCCGAAUCCUUUGAUUGCCAGCACAAAUCCUGGCACGCUUAUUUUAUUGGAGCCCAAUACAAGCAUUCCAAAGGGCUCCAAAAACCAAUCAAUGAAGGCGCAAGCUACUAAGAACAGAUCAAAUUCAAGCAAGUUGGCUGGAGCUGCAGCUGAGUCAAGACGCCGUAAAGAGAACGCCAAGAAGUCUCCAGAGAAGUCCCCAGAGAAGUCCCCUGCGAACAGCAGAAGAGGCAGCUUGAGUCCAAACAGAGGUCAAGUAAAUGCUGCAGCAGCUAAGAAGACGGAAGAGGAAUCAACGAUUCAAGCCAAGACAGAAGACAGCGAUAAGGACAACGUGAAUAAACUUGGUGAGGAAGAAGUUAAAACAAAAGGCACCGAUGAAAAUGUGCAAUUGGCAAACACAGAGGAAGGAGAAGCUGACAAAUCAAUGAAGGCUGAGCAGAAGGAUGAGCCAGAAGCUGAAGAACUACUUGACUCAGAAGCAACGUCCGAAGGUGAAAUUCCAGACAAGGCUGAGGAACUGAGUCAUCAAUGCCAGCCCAGCAUAGCUAUAUAUCCCUGUUAUCAGGACAAGUAUCCAACCACUGCCUGUGACCCCUACAAGCUGUAUCGCACUUGUGAGCUUACCGAGACGCAAUACUUAAGCUUUGAUCUUGGUAAUGAACAGAACGAGGAUGAUGAUGAUGAUGAUGAAGAGAUAACGUGUCAAAGUAAUACGAUUAUUAUGCAAACACCUUGCGUCACCUGGUCACCCUCCUGUAUCUGCCAGCACGCAGAUAAUGGCUGCAUGGAUGUCUCUCAACAGACGAGCAGGGAUUGCGGCGUUUUCAACUACAGUCCUACGCCCAGCUGGCCGCGACCCACCUGCCAACAGCUGCCACAGCCAGCGCAGACUAUGCAACACAAUCCUUGCUACAAUAUGGAACUGCAGCAACAACAGCAGCAGCAACAACAACAACAACAGCAGCAGCAACAGCACCAGCAACAGCAGUGGCAACAACAGCAGCCUUGCAUGCAAGGAAGAUCAGCGCCUAUGCCAUCUCAAAGCAAUGGCUUAACGGAACUUUUAGCGCAGCAGCUGCAGCAACAAAUGCAACUGGCACAGCAACAGAUAGCGCAAGUGCAACAAAAACUGAAUGACGUUUGUGGUUGCGCCAAAACUGAAGCCGCAAAGCCAGCAACUGUCGAUUACUCAAUGUUAAAUAAUGACGAUACCAGGCCAAAAUUCAACAAUGUGUCCAGGAACUAUGUUGAUGCAAUGCCCACUGCACACCAAGUACCUAUGCAGCAAUAUCAAGCUUCAAAGAUUUAUGCGAACGGCAUGGCAUCGCAAUCAGCAGCAGCAAUGAACAUGGGUUAUUAUCAGCAACCGUUGGCGGACUGUGAGUGUGGAGCAACAGCACCAACAUCGAUGUCCAUGCCAUGUCAGCAGCAGCAACAACCACAGCAACAGCAACAACAACAACAACAACAACAACAACAACAACAGCAGCAGCAGCAACAAGGAAACAUGUGUGCCAAUUGCGGCAGCAACCAUUAUUAUCCGCCAUAUUAUCAUCAGCGCUUUGCUCAGAUGCGCUUCAUGAUGCCACGUUGCUGGCUGAAUCAGAGAUAAACAGACAAAGAGUGAGAGAGUAUGUAAAGUAACGUGCCAUGUACAGAGUAUAUGUGCAUGCAUAGAAUUUCUACUGACUAUGUAUAGAGUACGCUACAUUACAAACUCGAAGUGCUGUGGGCGACUGUUGCACGGACAAUUCAUUUGUAAGCUAAUUUCCUUAAAGCUAAAACAAUAAAAAUUUCAAAUAGUUCUUAAGCAGAA